AUGCAACCAAUCAUUUUGGCCAUUCUAUUCUGUGUGGCAUAUUCAGCAGCAGAGAACUGUUCACAAAUUGAAUACGAUAAAUUCGAAAAUUUUAAGGGAUCUUACGAAGGUUCCUUCAAGCUUCCCAAGUUUCUUAACAAAAGAUUUGUUAAUGGUGAUCUAGUGCUCGAAUUCCCAGUGGAAGAGCACGAGGAGGAUAUGAUCAUAAGGGACUAUUCCAACUUCCCUCCUAGCGUCAUUCUUUCACGAUCAUCUAAGCGGCCCGCUUACCUGUUGUAUGAUCCUUCAAAAUCGGAAGUUGCCAACGUCUCUGCAGCGGACUUCAUCGAUUCGAUACAUAAAUGUAAGAANUAG